UUGAGUUCAAGUCUUACAUAUUUGACUUUUUUAAACACAGCAGACCCUUUUCUUCUCUCUCACCAACUACACUCCGUCGUCAAGCGUGGUUGUUGUGUGAGGAGCGCGGCCAAUUCCGGCGCCGGCAGGUACACGGCCUUUCCGCCGUAGGCCUCCGCUCCUUCCCCUCUUUCUCUUUAUUACUCUCUCUAUAUGUACAUAUGUGUGUGGAUUGCAAUGGAAGUGUAGCAUUAUUUGAUUGAAUGGGGAUGAAGUAAGGAAGAGAACGGGUUUGGUUUAGUUUGGUUGGGUUUUUAUUUCAUUACUAAGAUUGGUAUAUUCUCAGUAACCAAUUGCUAGUAAGAGAAUGAGUGCAAGCUGUUUGGUAGCAGAGACAAUAUGGAAGGAAAUUGAGUCUACACACAAAGGAUUGGUUGUCGCUGUUUUGGAAAGGGCUAUCCACACAGAGGGUUUCUACCAACCAGGAAAUUGAAGGAAGUGUUACUUUGUAAAAUGUUUAAUAGUGAAAGUUAUCGGAACCUCCACUCUUAAGGGUGACACUCUGAUGGGGAAUUGGGUAUUAUGAGAUGCCUAAGUCUUGUAUUGACAAUGAAUGAUGAUCAACUUUGGACUUUGCAUUUCUUGUUUGGCAAGAACUUCGAGGGAGCCACUAGAAUUGUUGACCAAAGAGGUGUCAACAAGAUAUCUGCUCACCCCAGUGGAAGGUUUAUCUUUCAGGUUACAGGAGAAUCCCGAAGAAAAGACCAAUAUCUCUGUUUUGCAGAGAAUUUUUGUGCUUGUCAUUCUUUCUUUUAUGACGUCGUCAACAGAGGAGAACAACUUUGUUGUAAACAUCAGUUAGCUGCAAGACUUGCUGCAUCUUUGGGAUCAUAUACUGAAGUUAACGUGUCUGAUGAGGAGCUAGCUCUGUUACUAUCCAGAAUAUAGCCCUUGCUUUGUAGAUUAACACUGUAUAAUUUAUUUAAUAUUGAUUUUAUAGAGCAAGGAACAUAUCAUCUUUAGAUUUAGUUAAUAUGUAUUACAUGGGCAAAAACAAGAACAUCUUAUCCGUAAAAAAGUGUAUUUAGAUGGGCAAAAGCAAGAACAGAUGAAGCACUAAAAGCCAUUUGUGGUAGACUUUUUAACAUUUUUUCUUCCUUUUUAUAAAAAUAACCUUAUACAA